AUGACGACUCCCAAUGCGAAAGCUCGCGUUUCUUUCGCGUCGCUAACAUCAAACAACCUGGGAACUGUGAGGAAGCUUAAUUCCGUGCUGUUUCCUAUCAAAUAUUCGGAGAAAUUCUACCAAGACAUUCUUCGGCCAGAGGUCGAAGAUUUCUGCAAGCUUGUCUACUACAAUGAUAUCCCCGUUGGAACUGUGUGCUGUCGAUUGGAGACCAAGGAAGACCGAACAAGUCUCUACCUGAUGACAAUGGGCAUCCUGGCACCGUAUCGCUCGAAGGGUCUUGGCUCUCAAAGCUUAGAACUCAUCUUGAAGGCCGCCUCUUCCCAUGCGAAGAUAGAUCGAGUUUACCUUCACGUUCAGGUCUCUAAUGAAGGGGCAAAAAAGUUCUAUGAGCAGCACGGAUUCAAAUUGGUCGGUUUGCACGAAGACUAUUAUAAAAAGAUUGUACCCCACGAUGCCUGGAUACUAGAGCACAUCCCGCAUGCUACUGGAUCGUAA